AUGCCGUAUAGUCCGAUAAAUAAGUGUUUACCGGCUACUCUGGACAUACGUCUGCAACAUAGAUAUUCAGACGUCGGUACGGAGCUCUCCCGUACGACACAUUUCAAUAAAAUAGAAGUGCUCCGAUUGCUACAGAUGCAUUACGUGCUGACAAAAGACAACACUAUACCUAUGAAUAAGUUAAAUUUCAUACAGUUCAUGGACGUUUUUUUAGGAGUGAGGAACGAAGAUGCCAUAGAUAAAAUAUAUCUACUUUGUUCCGAAACGAAUAAGGAAUACUUGACUGGGCCCGAGUUCGUCAAGGUAUUGUCGAUGUUGUUAAAAGGAACCCUACCCGACUUGAUUAACUUUUGCUUUGAAGUCUACACGGAGAUGAUCAGGUCACCGAAAUAUAUUAAAAAAGAGGACGUGUUACUGAUGGCCAAAAGGAACAGCAUGAAAAUGUGUAAAUUAGUCAAUAUGGAAGAGUACGAUCAGAGUUUCGUAGAUUUCGUCAUGACCGAGGUGGACAAGGAUCGUGAUAAUAGGAUUUCACUAGAGGACUACCGUAAAGCUGUGCACGAAAAUGUCGCUUGGUUGCAGUUCUUGGGGCAAAUCCUUCCGGAUUGCUCUAAAAAAGAGACAUUUAUGCAGUUAUUUACGGAUCAACCUUACGUUAAUAAUAUAGAAACUACAGCAGCAGCAAUGACUCGAAACAACAGGGAGAGUAUUGCCAAAAUGACCAUGCUGAAACCGACAAUUAGCCAAUUCGAGAACAUCCCUAGUAGUACGUCUUUUUCCAGCAAUUCUACUAGUUUGGUGGUUAAUCACGACAUGACUCUUGCGGCUAAAAAUAAUCAAUUAAUAUCAGAUGAAAAUUAUUUAACAUUGUUUUAA